CGUACAAUUAUCGCAACUGCUGUUUUCAAACGGCUAAAAAUAAAAUAUCUGCACACAGGCCAUAUUGUCCGCAAACUGAGGCAGAGUUCGUUGCUGUCUCGUUAUAUGGGAGGCUAACUAGUAUAUUUAUUAAAGUAAUAGUGGACUUUGGCUUGCUGGUUUUACUUUUUUUUGUCUGUUUUUAUUUUGUGCUGCGGCGUGUGAUGUGUAGCUGCUAGCUUAAGGUUGGAAGCAGAUCUGACUCGGGUUCUUCCUCAGAGGAUGGACAGCGAAAUCCAACGAGACGGGAGAGUAUUGGAUCUUACGGAUGAUGCCUGGAGGGAAGACAGGCUGCCCUAUGAAGAUGUCACCAUCCCCUUGAGUGAAUUGCCCGAGGCUGAGCAGGACAAUGGAGGAUCCACAGAGUCUGUGAAAGAACAAGAGAUGAAGUGGACUGACCUCGCCCUGCAGAGCCUGCACGAAAACACACCGAGCACUGGAAGCUGAGAGACAAACCUGAAAUCAGACUGUAAAAAUAUCAAAAAAUCCACCCUGACACUGCAUUCAGACACAUAUUAAUUGUUCUAUGUUCCAGCUAAGCAGUAAUGAUACACCAAUAUUUUGAUACUUUGUAAAAAGACAAAUGGAAAGAAAUCACAUUAAAAUUUUCUGCCUCCAGCA